AUGCAUUUCUCCCACUUUGCCGGCCUCCUCGCCAUCAGCGCGAACGUCGUGUUUGCGAACGCCGACACCACCAACCCCUCCCUCAACCUCGUGCGCGCAGAUGCCCCUGCGAGUGUGCCCUCUCUCCGUGCCGGGUUCACCGAGCGCCGUGCCGCCGCCACCAUGGCGGGUCUCGAAGCACGCGCCGGGCCGCAAGACCAAUGCAACGCCGCGACGGGGUUCUUCAGCACGGCGCGCUGCGUUCUGCGGCGGUCCGUCGUUCGGCAGCAGGGCACGCCCGCUGCCUUCGGGACCUCGGUGAUCAGCGAGGCGGUGUCGGACAUAUGGCGGAAGAUCACGACGACGACGAGCGAGACGGGGACGCUGGUGUCGGCCGAGUACGGCGACGCCAAGCUCGAGAUCAUCGCCACGACGGGCUACCCCAGCGCCCCCGACACCUGCACCUGGCCCGCGCUCUUGGCUGGGGUCUCCCCCGGCGACCUGUACACAGUCCUCACGCAGGCGGUGCUGGAUGCGCAGGAGAAGGGGACCAUGGUUAGGUACUUUUUGACUUCAUCUGCGGGGGAGAUGUACGGUACCAUCCUUGUAAGGGCGAAGGCUUAA